AUGAGCCACACACCCGUCCAGGAGCCACCUGCCCAGGAAUUGUCCUCAGGCAGUGGGCAGACAUUACCCUCCCGACUCCUACAGCCGAUCUCUGAUCCCUCUGCUUCUAAAAGAGUAUGUUUCUACAAAAGCGGAGACUAUAAAUUCAGUGGACAUCGCAUGGUCAUCAAUGCCCGCACCUUCAAGACGUUUGACGGUCUACUGGAUGCUCUGGCCAAGAAAGUGCCUCUGCCCUUUGGAGUGAGGACCAUCACCACGCCCCGCGGGACCAACCUGGUUAAGGCUUUAGAUGACUUACAUGACGGCGGAUCAUAUGUGUGUUCUGAUAACAAACGGGUGAAGCCAUUAAACCUGGAUGAGGUGAACCGGCGGCAGGUACCGUGGAAUGCCACCAGACCCCUCAGCGUCAGGCGGCGAAGACGACAAGGACCCCAGUUUGUUCCGUUUGGCAGAAGAAAUGAAGUCAUCACCGGCAGGCCAGCAAAGAUCACUGAGAGGGGGGCAGUACGGACACCAAAGAGACUUGUGGUCAUCAGGAAUAGGGAUCCCACUGUUAAACGCACUAUUGUACUCCAGAGAAGAACAGCACCAACAUUUGACGCUUUGCUGGAUUACCUUUCCCAGAUCCUGCAGUUCCCAGUGCUGAAACUCUUUUCUAUGGAUGGCAGAAGAAUCGAUGGUCUUGCAGGACUUAUCCUGUGCUCUGGCGUUGUUGUGGCCGCGGGCAACGAGCCAUUCAGAUUAGGAAAUUACAAUUUUCACGGAGCGAGCCAGAUGGCACAAGUACUGGAUAUCAUGGAACCAUCUAUGUUGCAGCCCAAAACCCAGAACAACACAUCUUUGUCGAGUGGAAGAGGCUCAAGGAAUUUUUCCUUAUCAUCAGAGAAAUAUAUUGUCAACCAGAUAAAAAAGUCUAAAAAUGGAAGCACCAACAGCCACCUGCAUCACCACAGCGGAUCACUUGAAACACAAGUCAACCAUCGGGCCGCAUCCUUGCAGUCGUGUGGAUCUGGGAGGCUAGAUAAUGAGCAUCAUGCUUGCAUUGUACCUCGGGACGAUGACAUUGAAAAGUCUUUCUGUGUGAAUCAAGACGGCAGCAUGACAGUGGAGAUGAAAGUUCGUCUGACCAUUAAAGAGGAGGAGAUGCUCCACUGGACCACCACACUCAGUCGCUCCAGCCGUAGCAAGGGGACAGUUUGUGCCUCGAUUUCUGAGUCGGACAACAGCUCACCUGACUCAAACAACACUAUUGCCAAAGACUCUUCUAGUGCCAGUGAGGAUGAGACGAGAGAGGAGAACCAUCCCGUCGGACCUGGAAAGGGUGUGGACUUUCACGACCAGCAAGCAUAUGAGGGCGACAAUUCCAUGGCUUCGGGAAAAGCUCAAACUGGUUUCAAACGCGCUCCUACGCCAGGCCCUCGGCACGUUACGAAGAAGGCGUCUGUUGAGAGUGUGAAGACGUUGACAGAGUCAGGGGUUCAAGAGAGCACCCUGGGACAUUAUUCCUACAAGGAGAGGACGGCUGAUGGUGAGAAGACUGAGGGAUACUGCAUUGUCAGACACAGCAGCAACAAGCCAAUCCCCAAACCCAGGAAAACGGCGUCUGCAGGGGCGAGCAACAAAGGCUCCCACUCCUCCACCAGGUCGUCAGGAGUAGCUGAGGUUCUUCAGAUACAGAAUAACGGGAUGGAGGUGACAGAAACUGUGAUGCAUAUUUAUGAGAGUCAAGGCUGCUACGACAACUAUUUUGCAAACGAGGAACACAGCGCUGACAGUGCCCCCCUGCAUGGUUCCACUUCAGCGACAGAAAGCCAACCGUCCACUGAAUCAGGCCCGCGUUCUUCAAAAAAUGACUGUGAUAUAGAUUUGAGCUGGCAGCCACCCACGACUCACUCACAACAAAGACAGAAAGAGGAGAUGUUGUCAUUGUCAUCGGAGCCAAUAACUCCGACGCAUGCGAUUACUGCAACAAACUCCCAAAUACAGGAGACAGUAAAAAAAGACAAAACUCCUAAAAGUGAGACGAAGAAAAAGACGAUUAAACCAGCUCGGAAUAAGGAGGGUUUAACUUCAACAAGCAGCUCAGACAAAAAGCAAAAACAAAGCAUACUUAGUCCCCCAAAAUAUAGCAAACAUUCAUCUACAGACAAGCUCAGCAGCAAUGCCAGUGCGGGAAAAAAGACUUUAACUUCAUCGGAAAGUACCAAAAGUGGUCAAAAGAGUCGAGGUGCCGAAAAGCCUCAAAUUAAGAAAGCGAUUGAGGAUGAAAAGAUGCCCAGGAAAGAGCAAGCCUUAUUAAAUGUGAGAAAUACCCCACCUAAGAGACUAAACAUGGGUAAACCAGCUGCGAAAGAUAAUGGCCAUAAUGUAAAUAGUUCAACUGGGAGGCCUCAAAUGAAGAAGAACUUGUCAGACAUUCUACAACCCAAGAAAUCCCUUUUACCCGGCAAAAAGACAAUUAGCAAGCCCAAAUCCAUGACUGAAAGCAGAAUACCAUCACCUAAAAAGUCUUUAGAGUUGAGUGAGAGUUCGAUGCCUUCCCUAAAUCCUUCCCCCUCUGAAAUCCACCAAUAUGUUGAGAACUGGUUGGAGCAUGUCAGCCCAGACCAAGUGCCAUACACUAUGGAGGCCAUUGCAGAUCAAUCACAGCCUCCGACAAAGGUUGUGUUUAAGAUCGGCGGUGAUUCUGAAUCAGAUGAAAAGAGUGAAUGCCAGACUCAACCAGACGAGUAUUAUCUAUCUCCCGGUGAUGCCAUCAAGAAAUCCGCUUCAGCAGGUCGUUGUCUUGAAGCCACAGCUUUGCUGCACGGUGACCAAUUUGCGAGAGGUUUGUGCAUUUCAAUGCCGAGUGUCAGAGUCGAUCCUGUGCAACAGGAGGACAGACUGAGGCCACGCACAUCUGCAGAGGCCAUUGGUCCGGCUGACAAUGGAUCGCCACCAUCGACCUCCAACGUUUUGAUUCCAAGAGCAAGUACAUCACAUGUCCUGCAUGAACUUUAUUCAUCUAUUCACUGUAUCAGAAGUGCAUGUGAAGACAACAGAACAUCCAACCUUGAGAAGUCCAACAGCCUUCCUAAUAUCUCAACACAAGUGGCGUCGGCGUUCGGCUCGUCGUGUAAAGCCUUCAUGUCUUUCUUAUCAGUGAUGACUCUGCGAGACAACCUGACUGGAUCUGCGCCGGGAGACGACAACCAAUCCGAGGCCAUGCUGAUGAUGGAAUCCCUGCAGAAAAUGUCUGCCAUCGAGGAUGAGGAAGAGCUGAGGGCAAGUUUGACAGAUCUGCAGAGCAGAGCGUCUUCUCGCUUCAGAGAACGCUGGAAUGAUUUCCAGAUUCUGAGAGAAAGGCUUGAAAGUGAGCCACUGUCUCCCACAUUUUCAGAAACAGAAUUUGCCCUGGAUGUUGUCUCCGAAGGCGGGGAUGCAUUUGAGAAUAUUGAAGAGCUGAUGGAUGAGCUGAAUAUGCCGCACGACCUCAGAGCAGAGAUUUCUUCAACGGUCCAACAAGCUAAACAUUUUUACCCUGUAGAAGAGAGCACUUUUGUAGAAACCGAAAGAAACCAGUCGGACUCAGAGGACGGUUUGGAACACUUUGUUGAAGAAUGCAACAAUGAAACAAAACAAUCGCCAGGGUCCGAUACUACCUCCAUAGCUGAGGACAUUACUCAGACACAACAGGGUUAUGACAAUGGGGAGAUAGAUCAACUGGAAAAAAUGCAAUCUGUGUAUUUUAAGUCAGACCAGGAACCUAAUAAUGAACCAGAAAUAUCACUGACAGACAGAGAUGAGACCUUAACAGACAAAGAAAAUGAGAAGGAAGAAGAGGAACAAGUCAAGGAGGUUAUGGAUGUGGGCAAUGAUAGAGAAGAUGGACUUACAAAAGACACAGCUGAUGAUGGUGAAGAAAAGGGAGAGUCAGAAGAGGGGGCAGUGACAGUAAUGGAUGACAUGGAGCAGGAGAAAUGGGAAGUGGAAAAAGUAAGUGUAGAGAAGGAGGACUCUGACCAAGAAGUGGAGGAAGGAACAGGGGACGAGAUGACAGUGGAUGAGGAGGAAGAUGGGGAGAAUAUAGAGGAAGCAAAGGAAGUAUUAAUGGAAGAAGUUCAAGAAGCAAGAGUGGAUCAUAGUCUUGAAGAAACAGAUGAGAGAGAGGGUGAUGAGGAGACAGAGGAAGAGGAGGCUGAUGAGUGUGAAAAGGGGGAGGAGGAGAAGAGGCAAUGGGAUGGGAUUGAAGAAGGGGCAGUUGAGGUUAUUGAGGAAUCCGAUGAAGGAGAGGAAGAAGAAAAUAUAAUUGAAGAAAUGGAGGAGGAGGAAGAGGACGAAGCAGAUGAGUUUAUUGGGGAGACAGAUGAAGGAGAGGAAGUAGGGAAUAUGAAAGUGGACGAGGAAGAGGAAGCAGAUGAGGCUAUGGGGGAGACAGAUGGAGAGGAAGUAGGAACUAUCAUUGAAGAAGCAGAGAAGGAGGAAGAAGAAGAAGAAAAAGAAGCAGAUGCUUUUACUGAAUAUGUUGAGGAGGAAGCAGAGGAAGAUUUUGAGGAGGAAGGGGACAUGAAGGAAGUUAUUGAGGAUAAAGGUGAGGAAGAGGAUGUAGAAAAUACAAGAAAAAAAACGGAGGUGGCAAGUGAGGACAACAAUGAGGAGGAAGAAGAGAGCGAACAAGAGGUGGUGGAGGAUGGCGAGGAUGGUGAGGAUGUUGAGGUUAUAAAUACAGAAGAUGAGGAAGAUGAAGGAGAGGAAACUGACAAGAAUAUGGAAGAGGAAGAAAAGUGUGAUGAGUGUGAGGAGAGCAGGAAAGAGCCGGAACAAACAGUAAAUACUCUUGAGGAAGAAUCAGCAGGAGAGAAAAAAGUUGAAGAGAAAAUUGAAGAAAAUAUGAAAACAGGGAAAAUGUUAGAUGACAAAGAGAGGGAAGAUGAUUCAGAAAAUGGAAGUAAUGAGUUAAAUGAGGGGUUAGACGAGAUGGAAGAGCAAGAAUCAAAGGGCGAGUUAGAGGAAGAACAUGCCUCUGAAGAUGCCGACAGUAUUACCGGUGGUACAGACUGUAAAAACCUACUCGAGGAGGCCUUGUAUUUGCAGCAGCAGAGCAGCUGUGAUGAAGCAAAUGCAAAGGUAGCAGAACAGAACACUGAAUCACCAACCAAAUAUUCCACCGAGUGUCAGUGUGAGGACGAUAAAGGUAACGGGACAGACACGGUAAAUGGGUUUGAAACAGACGAGGGAGAGGAGCCUCACGAGGACGGAAGCGGCAUUCUCCAACAUCCUGUGGAAAUAUCACAGGAACUCCUUGACUUUGUUAACUCUGCACUGCAGUCCUCUUCCCUUAUAUUCACGUACGACGCUCGGGGCAACGUCAGGAUAGAGCCAGAUACCGCCCGGGUUACGCAAAACAAACAAUAUGUUAUUCCAAAAAGUAGAAAAGAUAUUUCCUACGGUUUAAAGCGUCUCCCGAGCCCGAACACCUCGGGUUUGUCCGAUUACAGGCCAGAAACGUCAGAGAGUGGCGGAUAUAAAACUCAGGAGUCUUUAGAUAUUGUCACAGACAGUGGAGAGGAGGCUUCUCCAGUCUGCAGAGGAAAGACUGACAUCCCUUUCAGGAGAACAAAUGUGGAGCGAACCGACUCCAAACCAUCUGAUGCAAGAAAUACAGACGUCUUGGAAAAAUCCAGACUAAAAAGUGGAGGGAGUUUUUCUUCUUAUGACUCCGGCACUAAAGCCUCAAAGGAGGAUCUGUCUUAUUUCAGUGCUGCGAGCUCGCAAAAGGCAGACACCGAACCUGCCGCAGAGGCCACGCAGUGCAUUUCUUUCCCCCCGGAAAAAGACUCAGCUGAUGGUGUAUUAAUCGACCAAGGUAGAUGGCUGCUCAAGGAGAAUCACCUCAUCAGAAAAUCUCCUCCAGUCUCCCAGGGAAUGUACGGGCAUUUAGAUAGCACAUCUGUAGAUACAGGUCAGGAGAACAAUAGCGAGGAUUCCCUGUCUCAUUGCAAUACCCAGAACAACCCUCUUGCAGCCAUAUCCUCAUCAGAGCUCGAGGAGAUGGCGAAGCCCCAAACUCCAAAGUGCACCUACUAUAACAUGCCACAUGGAAGCGAUUCUGACCCCUUUUUGGAUGAUUCCAGUGUCAAAAGUGGGAAAGGGGAUGCAAGCAGAGUCAGAGGGAAAGGCUUCAGGGUGUCACCCACCAUUGAUACUUCCAAAACCUGGACAAAUAAAAAUGGUAGCCUGUCUUCCUUUGCAUCAGUUGAGUUUAAAAUGCAAGACAGAAAAGUGCAUCCUGAGGGGGAGUCCUCAGCUGUGACAAGGGCAAGAUGGACAUCUGGUGGAGAAAGGGGUGUACUGCAGGCACAAGACACCCGCGAUACACUCCGUGUGAGAUGUAGCCAAUACUGUCCCAUACUAUAA